UAGAUAUUCAGAAGAAAUGUUUUCCCAUGAGGGUGGUGAGGUGCUGGCACAGAUUGCCCAGAGAACUCGUGGAUGCCCCAUCCCUGGAGGUGUUCAAAGCCAGGUUGGAUAGGGCUUUGAGCAACCUGAUGCAGUGGGAGGUGCCCCUGCCCAAGGCAAGAGGUUUGGAACAGGAUGAUCUUUAAGGUCCCUUCCAACCCAAACCAUUCCACGCUUUGGCGGCAGCUGGGCUGGGGAGAGGGGCGACAGGAGGAACAAAAGCCUCUGGCUGCCCUCAAAGCCUGAGGAGCCGGGGAGGAACCGGAGCCGCGGCGGAGGGGAUGCAGGGCUGUGCCGGGCUGUUUCGGUCCCAGUGCGGUUAUUAAAGGGUCUCCAGCGCGGAGAGACCCUCCCCGCCCCUCGGCUCUUCCUCCCAUAGGAGAUAAGGGGUGGCGAGAGGGCUUGAGGGGUGCCUCUUUCCUCCGAAAAACGGGGAGCCCGGAGAACCCUGAUGGUUUCUCGGAGCUGAGGUUAUGGUCGGCGGGACGCGGUUGGAGGUGCAGAGCUCAGCCUGGGGGUUGCCCAUUCCCCAUGAUCUGACCCGCUGGGACCCGCAGGAUGGGCAACAGCGGCUCAGCCGUCAAGGUCUGCACCGAUCACCAAGGAGGCAUCAACUGGCUGAGCCUCAGCCCCGAUGGGCAGCGGCUGCUGACGGGCAGCGAGGAUGGCACUGCCAGGCUGUGGAGCACCGCGGACAGCCAGUGCCGUGGCCAUUUCCAAGGACAUGAAAGUUACAUCACCUUUUGCCACUUGGAAAACGAGGCUGCCUUCACGUGUAGCGCAGAUCAUACUAUUCGGAAGUGGGAUGUGAUGACAGGUCAGUGCCUGGCCAUUUACCGAGGACACACUUCAAUUGUUAACAGGAUUCUGGUUGCCAAAGACUAUCUCUUUAGUGGCUCCUAUGACAGGACAGCCCGCUGCUGGAGUGUGGACAAGGAGAAACAAAUCCAGGAAUUCCGGGGCCAUCGGAACUGUGUCCUGACUCUAGCUCACUAUUCCUCCAGGGAUGUUCUUGAAGAAGAGGAGGAGGAAGAGGAGGAGGAGGAGAAAGUGAGCAGAGACCUCCUAGUGACGGGUAGUACCGACUGCACUGUGAAGGUCUGGUGGGUGUCCAGUGGGCGUUGUUACCAGACUCUGCUGGGACACACUGGGGCUGUCUUAUGCCUUAUACUUGACUCACCAAACAGGGAGCUGUUUUCUGGCAGCACGGAUUAUACCAUUCGAACGUGGAAUAUUGUCACUGGUGAACAGUUGAAAGUGUUCAAGGAGCAUCAAGGAUCGGUAAUUUGCCUAGAGCUAGUGAAUCGGCACUUGUAUUCAGGAAGCGCGGACAGGACAGUGAAGUGCUGGUUAGUAGACACUGGGGAGCGAAUCCAAACGUACAAGGCUCACAAACACAGCGUUAGCACUUUGAAAUACCACGCUGGGAUCUUAUUCACAGGAAGUGGUGACGCCUGUGCAAGAGCUUUCAAUUCCAAGAGUGGCGUCCUCCAGAAGAUCUUUCGAGGCCACAAGUUCAUCAUCAACUGCAUCCAGAUCCACAACGAGUUCCUCUACACAGCUUCCCAUGAUGGCACACUAAGGAUUUGGGACAUCCGGGGAAUAUGCAAGAGAAAUAAGCGGCGUUUGAAGAAGGAGAGGUCUGGCCAAGGCAGGAGCUCUCAGAAAGGAAGUCUGUCUCGUCUCUUCAACAAUAAAGUUGGCUGUAUGGUACAGCAAGAAGAUGGGGAACAUGAGGCCAUUGAACUCAUGUGACUGCCCAGGACGGACUUUCUGUCAGUGACCAAAGCUGAAUCUUUUGUUUUCUGCACAGUGUCCAUGUAAACCAGAAUUUGGAAAGAGAUGGGGAAUGGCUUUGCUUGCACCUCUUUUUCAGGAGCCAGGAUUCUCUGCAACUGUCAGAUGGACUCAUCUUGUUGUUGCAGGGGACUCACAGCUGAGCAGUGCUGGGGUCAGGAGGGGCUACAGUGCGUUUCAGGUGACAAACCUGACAACUGCUUGUUUCCAGUUCCCUCUUAUUCCCAUCUGGUACUGAACAAGAGAUGUGUUCUCCUGUUCCUGUUGCCCACUCACGUGCCCUGUUAGGCUGAAUGUAGAAAUGAAAGGUGACCUGCUGUAUGACUACCAAUUUGGUUUCCUCAGCUCUUGGGUCUGUGUUUUGCUGGUUAGACCAACUAAUGUAGGAUGGUGUGGCUCAGCAGGAGAAGUUUAGGCAAGACUAGGCACCCCACUGAAAAGUUGGGUGCCCAACUUAGGACAGAAAUAAGUUUUAAAAAAUAUAAACUAGAACGAGCUAAGCCUCUGACCUUUUAUAGAGAGGUCCUUGCCUGUCCCAAGGCUUAGCAGUUGUGCUUCUCCCAGCAACCCAGCAGGCUCUUUUUGUACUUUCUGUGAUCCCACACUUAGCAAAAGAAGCAUCAGUGGCCUCAGCGUGUCUCCUCUGUGCUGCCAGGGGUGUGUGCUUCCAGCUGCUGCUUACCUACAGGCAUGGUUCCCCGGUGGGAAGCUCCUGAUUGGUUCCUCUAAAGGGCCUCCUCUUGGCAUGGCAGGAGUUGCAAGCUCUUCACUAGGCACCAAGUCUACAGUGGCGACUGCACCACACCUGGGCAGCCUGGCACACAGCUGGACUGUCCACUGGUGAACGGUUCUCAUAUCUACUGGGAAUGUCAAAUUGUGUUUUACAAAGGAGAGGAGAGCAAAGCAGGAUGAUGUAUUGGGUGCUCUAGAUCUGCUAUCUUUCCUCCUUAUGUGGUUACGUCUGGCCUUGAUCACUAUGGUAUUGGUGGCAUCAGACAAGCAAAGUCAAGAGAAGUUCUCCCAGUGUUUUUCCAGGUUCACCCCUCUCUGAUAACCACUGAGCCAUGAAUAAGCAAGGGUUCUUACAUUUUUCUAUUUGCAGAUACCACUCUUUGUAGAACCAAUACAUAAAUAACUAACCACAUGUUUUUAUUUUUAUGGCUUUAUUUAUUCUGUAUUACAGCAAAAUAAAAAUGCUGUGUUUUUUUUAGAAUGGACUAAUAAACAUGUGGCAUCUAUGGACAUCUCACUGCCUUACUUUUAUUUUCUUCUCAGUUAGAGGCAAGUUGCCUGGCUGCAGAUUCAUAGCAGUUAAGAAUGGAUGGAAUAUGGUAAGAAAAAUAAAGGUACACUUUUGGAAAUAUUUCUUGUCAUUCCCUCUGAGGUUAAAGAGAGGUGUGCAGUGGAGCUGUCCUGCCUCCUACCAGGCACCAGCCUCCCAGAUUUCUGUUUCCUAGAAGGAGUGACCAGCCACAAACCAAAGCACAGGCUUAAGGGAAAGCAAGGGCAACAAAAGAGCCUGACAUGCUGGCUCAGCGCUCACUGUGGAGGUGCUGAAGCCCCCUGCUCUGAAACUGUGCCCUUGCCUCCUUGGGCUAGGGCUGUCACUGCUGCUACGUGCCCUGCCCAACAGCUUGGUUCACUCUUGCCCGGCAGGAUUCCACACCUAGUAGGAAACAGCAUUUUAAUUAUGUGAAAUGCCUACAAGGAGAGACUAAUUUGGGAGGUCAUCUGCGUGGUGUAGAUUUAAUUCCACUGUCAACCUCUUGGUCCCAUCGUCGCAGCACAGUACCAGCCCUAUGGGAAAUGUUUAUGAGAUGGUGGCUCCUGGUUGCUGGGGUGAGGGCUUGCUAUGCAGCUCAUUCUGUUUGUGUUUUGCUUAUGAGGUCAAUGCUAAGCGGGAGGCCUUUAGCAGAGACAGACAGAGCUGCACAGAUGGCCUGGGCCACACUUCUUGUUUAAAACUUUGCACACAGUAGAUUGACAGGAGAGCUUAUCUGGCCAUACAGCAGCUGCACACAGAAUUAGCAAAUGGAUUUAAUAGACAUAGAUCUUAAAGAGUGGAAUUAAUGAGUCAUUACCACUUUUGCCUGUUGCUAAACAUAUCACAGAGUCUUCAAAUGCACGGUCAAAAUUAACUUAAAACGCUGAGCCCAUGCAUCCUGCCCUGCUGAUCACUUAAAACUGCAGGCAGUUCCCAGGGGCAGCGCUGGCAGCGUUACAUCACUGAGGAAUGACUCCUCCAACAAGCGCUGCCUGUUAUGAUGCUAAUUUUAAAUUCCCCCAAGGACAAACGUUCACUUAUUACCCUGUCACUGCCACUAUGCUAUGUAAGCCACUUCAAAGAGAAGAAAUGCCACCAGUACAGCCCCACGCUGCCUUCAGAGCCUGCCCAGGGGCGAGCAGGCAAUGCCGGGAUGCCAGCAGGUUUGGGAACCCCUCUGGCUGAAGGAAAGACAAUCUUGUGUUUCCCCACCUAACUUAUUAAAACUACACACAUCACUUUGAUAUGUUUUUCUCAUUUUCAAUUCCUUUAUAUAUUCUAAUUUUACUCUGCAUCAGUCCACUGGUUCCUCAGUGCUCCCCUGCAAAGAAAUGGGAUAUUAUGGUUGCUGGGGCUGUUUCUUCCCUCAGACACCUGUACUGCUGGCUUUAGAAAUGCUUCCACCAUCUGUGAGGAGAUAUAAAACUACUCAAUUUUUACAGCACUUGCCUUGAUACACAAGUACAAAAUACAAAUAAUUCCUUAACAGUGUAAUAACUCCCUGCUUUUUACUGUCCUUGGCUAAGGUAGCCAGGGAAAAAAAAACCCUCCCGGAGCUUAAGUCCAUCAGGCCAAGCUCCCCUUCCUCCAGUGUUGUGCUCACCCUAACAGAAGUUUAAGCCCUCGCUUCCCCACUGGUAAAUGCUGGAUAAGAAUAAACUGUCACCACACGGAAGGUUCGCUUUCCAGCAGCGGCUGUAAGGCCUCCAUUACUGCCAGUUCCCCUGCUCCCACCGGCACCAGCCUUGUGCCAGAAGCAGGCGAGCCAUGAGCUCCCUCUACCGUGAGGCUUAAGCUAUGGAAAGCAAAUAAACCCCUUUUUAAGAAAAACUAAAAAGCAACAGAAUUUCUGGUCCCAGGGGAGAGGCACAGCAGAAAACAGGGCGUUAUAAAACACACUGAAACUCUCAAACCUUUCUUCAGAAUGCUGAGGCUAAGUACAAUUACCGAGACAGUGCCCAGGUUUUGUUGCACAGGUAAUUAAGGAAAAUUGUGUAGUCACCAUGAAAUCCAUCAAUCUUAAGCCAGACACCUGCAAA